AUGAUGAACUAUAUAGCUCCGAGCAAAGCAAGGACAUUAAUAGUUGUUUACUCUUUUGGAUUCAAAGGAAUGAAAUUGAAGAAUAUCUAUGUUUGUGUUGGUAGUGGAGCUAUGGAGCCAGUAAGGGCGUGCGGUUGGAUUGGAGAUUGUUCAGCAGCAGCAACUAUGGCCUCUGCUGUUUCCAUCAUAAGACCUCUAGUUUCUCCUUCAAAGACUAUCUGCUGUCUAGCAUUCCUUUCAACUGGAUUCUCAACAGAGCAAUAUUGUAUGUUGAGAGUUCCUGAGCUGGAAAAUCCACCUGGGCCAGAUUUCUUUCUAAGGAAGGGCGUCCCUGUCUUUGGGAGUCAGUCAGGUUCAUUGGGGUAUGCUCUCCCUCCUUUUCCUUGGUCUCCUCCGUCUUUGGUUGCCUCUGUGGGGAGAAGAGUCCCUUGGAUUUGGGCUGGCUUGGUACCUUCCUCUGGAGGAUGGCCUGACCCCAUAAGGUCUUCCAUAUGUAUCAUUUCUAUCCUGAGCCCGCUAGGUCGAUGUGAUUUGGCUGCAGCGUUGGGUUUAGAGAGGUUGGUCUGGUUGGGGGAAGUUUUGGGAGAAGGGGCCGUCAUUCUGGUGGAGGCGAGGGUCCGGUUAACCAUAACGGUCACCGUUGGCCUACUUGAGCACGUCGGAGAGAGAGAAAUCUGCGAGGACCUACCUCAACUAAACCCUGUAGAGGGUAUAAAGAAGAAGAGGGGCAGACCACCCCUACAUAAGAGAGCUGGGGUAUCUCCAAAACAAAUCUUGGGACCGGGAUCAAGAAAAAGGAAAGCAAACCAAGUCAACAAGUCUCCAGAUACCAGACGUUCUGCAACGCCACAAAAGAAGAAGAAGGCUAAGGCUAACAACAACCUUCUUACCUCUCUGAACCAAUCAGUAGGGUCAAACAUAGGUUCAACCCGUAGAGCUCAACCUCCCAUAUUUCUGAUUCCUGCAAUUACAGGACCAGGUGUGAUCCAGACAGGUCACUCCCCUCAACAAACAGCAAACCUCAGAGAGUCCCCUACAUAA